GGGCGAAACUUUGAAGUCUUCGUCGGGUUCUUUUCUUUUUUUAUAUUUCUUUUUUUUGUUUGUUUCCAUUUAUUUCGGGUGUCCAGCCGGCUCAUCAUGUCAAGCAACAACGCAGCUAGUAAUCUCGUUGCAAUGCGAAAAAAUGUGCAGCAACUUCGUCUGGAAGCGAGUAAAAGCAGAAUCAAGGUGUCCCAGGCUGGAUCUGAGCUGGUGAAAUUUUGUGAAGUCAACGCUCAUAAAGACCCACUGCUCAUGAGGAUCCCGACUAGUGACAAUCCCUUCCGUCCCCCCAAAUCUUGCUGCGUCCUGUGAUGAUUAUCCCUUUUCUGCAGCUGCGGAAUGUAUGACUGUCAUAUGAUCUAGCCAACUGAGAAAAAUACAUUCCUCCCAAAAGGCUUGGCACCAGAAACCACAAGUGCAAAUAAACUACAGCAAACCUCUGACAGAAGCAACGGCCUGCCACACUUCUCAAAAAAGGAAGAAUAAACACAAAGACACAACUUCCAGGACUGGGAUUGUGAGUGCGCCCCCCUUCACUCUCAGAUUAAUUUGUAUAGAAGUAUAAAUUGUCGCCACAUGCCAACUGACCCGAGUGCUGAGGUUUGUUAUGCGCAAGAUGCGUAUAACAACUAUUUCUAUUGAUGAAGUUCUCUUUGAACCUUUUCAAUCGAUUCCUUAAAUUUGGGAAAAGAAGUCAAAUCAAGUGAAAAAAUCAUUUUAACACGUGUGAGCUAAGUUCUCCAUACUUUUGUGAAUGUAAAUAGGGCAGACCCUCAGCUUAUUUUAAUAAUGUUUAGUGUUCACCUCACUGCUGUUUCCUUACACCACCCUUUUAGCUCUUCUUUGUGCACAUUUUUCCCUUACUGAAGUUAACUGGUAUCUUGGGCUUGGCCCAGUAGCACAUCUUGCAGUCGUAGUCUGGUGACCCUACUAGGGUUGGGUCCUUCCUUGUGUCCUCUGGUGCCAGGACAGGCUCCAUCACUCCAUGACCCCACACUUUGACACAAUGGAUAAAUUUAUGCUGUUUGCUUUUAAACCUUUUUCACACCUCAGGCAGUGAAUUCAUUAGACUGUACGCCACAAGGUUGUCUUAGACCCCUUACCCUUAAAGGAUACAUUUGGUACCUAUUAUUUCUUGUUAUUUUGUUUGUUAUUUCUUCACAAACAUCGCAUAUAUGCAUUUGCCGUGUGAUCUUGUGCUCUAAAGUUAAGCGCCGUCUGCCAAUUUAAAACAAUAUCUUACCUGCUGUGUUGCUUUACAUUGGAGGCUACGGGGCAGGGAGGAAAAGCAUAAAAACGUAGCAAAUACAUCCAAUAAUCAAGCCAAGACAGCUAUCGAGUAUUGAUUCACGCCUUGUGAUUACACACACAUCAUAAAAUAACUUAUACAUGUCAUUGUGAAGAGAAAAACACCGAUGUUAUUAGAUUCUGCCGUUAUAAAAGAAGAUAAACUAAGUGCUGAGGUAUCGCAAUAGCCUUUCACCCCUUUGGGGGUGUGGGUUUCCUCUCGAAAGACCAAAUCACAGAAAACUUUUUGGUUUUAUUUUGAUUUACUUCAGUGUUUAUAUGAAUAAAAAAACUUUUCCUUACCACAGGGAAAAAUAGUAAUAUGUGAUAAAACAGAUCAUUUCUAGUUCCUGUUUGUUGUCGGAAACAUGGAAGACACAAAUAGAUACUUGACAGCUGUCCUGGCUUGAAAGAUGGACGUAUCUGGUUAGUUUUUAAGCUUUUCCUCCAUGCCCCAUACGCCUCCAUUGUAAAGCGCCAGUGCGGGCAAAAUAUUUUUGUUUUUAAUUUUUGAAAGCGCUAACUUUAGAAACACAAUUUCUUGUGGCAAAUGCAUAUUCACCAUGUCUGUGAAGAAACAACUUCGACUUGAAAAAUACUAAAGUUCUCUUUUAACUCACUGUUUGACCUCAAGCCAGUUACUUUACUUACCUGUACUCCAAAUGUUAAAAAAAAAAAAAUAAAAUAUAUAUAUAUACAGUAUAUACAUAUUAAACUGUAGAUAUUAGGUGACUUGUGAUGAUGUUUAUGGUAGAAAGACACAAUAUAAAAUAAGAAUAAUCAUAGAAUUCACACUACAUAAUGUGUAUCAUAGAGGCAUUUGAUUGGCUGAGCACUUUAGGUCAAUGUGGUUGAUGGGCCAAUGACAUGAAUGUGUUAUUAUUAUUUUUUUUAAUCAUUUUUACUUUUGGCAUUGUUUCAGAAGUCAAGCGGCUUUCUGUCUGAGUGCACCUGUAACACUACUAGCAUACAUUUGGCUCUGUCAGCCGAUAUUUUAUUGUUUCUGGAUCUCGUGUUAAUACGCCAAAGGUACUGCAAAUGUCUAUUUAAAUCUUCAAGCUCUGUUUAGGUUCGUAUCUUUGUCUGUUUUUGUCUUGAUUAUGCUGUUUCAAUUGUUACAGAUUAAACUUACUGUAUG